AUGGACUUUGUCAAGAAAUUCGCCGGCGAGGAGCAGUCUGGUCAGCAGGGUAGCGUGCAGCAAGUCCCCGCUCAACAAAGCGAGUCGUCUGGUGGUUUCCUUGGUGGCAUUGGCAACAAGCUCAACGCAGCUGCUGGCGGUGGUCCCGAGAGCGAGAAGAAUGAGGACUACCUUGACAAGGGUGUCGACUUUGUCCAAGAGAAGUUCCUUGGUCAAGGCCCUCAGAAUAACGAGUCCGCCAUCGAGCAGGCCAAGGACGAGCAAAUCUCUGACUUCAUCCGCAAGCAAUGGCAGUCCACCACUGGUUCUGAAUUCCCCAUCAAGGACAAGGAGACCAAGUUCUAG